CUUGCCCCUCUCCUUACUCUCAUCAGUGAGGUGCGUUGGAGUGAGUGUGUGAGUGUGUGUCCAAGAGAGAGAAGCUCCACCAUGAAGCAGUGUGUGCUGUUGCUGUUGACCAUCGCCUGUGCCCACGGGGCCCCAGUCGACGUGCUGACUCCUGGUUCCUGCAAGGAUGCUGUUGCUCUAGGGGCAGCCGGACAGGCCCUGAACAAGAUCAAUGCAGACCGCAGCGAGGGCUACAUUUUCGGACUGCACCGCCUGAGCAAUGUACACCAGAUGACGCAUGGUGAGAAUGGUAUUGUCUUUUACCUGACUCUUGAUGUGGAAGAGACCAAGUGCCACGUGCUCAGCAAGAAGAGCUACAAGGACUGUGAAGUUAGACAGGAUGAUGAUAGCCCGGUGUAUGGUCAGUGCAAAGCCACAAUUUUCAUGAACAGGAUAAAGAGGGUGGUUCGUCUCUACAAAUAUGCAUGCACCAUUAGGCCAGUUCCCCCGACAAAAAUCAGUGAGAAAUGCCCAGACUGCCCGACUGAAAGUGAUUUAGCUGACGAGGAGAAUUUGAAGACCAUGAAGAUGGCCAUGGAGAAGUUCAACAAAGAGAGCGGACUCUCAAACUACUUUGUCCCUCUGAAUGUCACCAAGGCAACCUACUCGUCUGGCAUGGCCACAUUCUACAAUGUGGAGUUCACCAUUCAGGAGACUAACUGUGACAACACCACUGACCUUGCAGACAUUGCCAAGUGUGAAAAGAUGUCCUGUGAAUUUACGCACAAAGGCCUCUGCAGAGCAUCCCACUCCCAUGCUCCCACAGGUGAUGAGGACAUCACUGUUGAGUGUGACAUCUUUGAACCAGAGGGUUCAGAGAAGGAGAAACAGAAACACCAGCAGGGAGGUGAGCUGGACCACAGCCACGAUGCUACUAAAGUCGACCGGAGCCUGGGUCACGACCACGAGCACGACCAUACCACCGUUCACAAGCACGAGCACUCUCACGAAGGCCACGACCACGCUGAUGGCCAUGACCAAGCUCACGGGCACGAUCAUGCCCACGACGGGCAUGAGGAUGGACACUCCCACCACCACACCCAUGAGCACGGCCAGGGCCAUGGGCACGCUCACUCCCACGACCACGGGCACGGCCACGACCACGCCCACGCGCACCACGUCAAGGCCCACGACCACACCCAGGACAAGGGCGACCAGGUGCACCACAAGUACGCACACGGCCAGGAGGAGACCCACGAUCAUGACCACGAGCUGGCCCUCGACCACGAGCACAAGCACCGCCACCUGCACGAGCACGAGCACCACCAUCACCACCACGAGCACGACCACGAGCACAAGGUGACCAGGCGCCCUGAGGGCUUUGUGAAUGUUGUGGCUGCCAUGGACAAGCCCAUGAUCCUGCCUGCCUUCCCUGACCAGCCAGUCGCCGACGGAGAGAAGCCCACCACCCUGGCCCUCCUCCCAGACCCCGAUAUCCCCGGAGAGAGGGAGCCAGCUAUCAAACCCUUCCCCACCACCUUGUCUGCCGAGUGCCCCAUGGAAGCCCCAGCCCAGCCCACGCUGGUUGACAAGCUCCUUGCCCAAGAUCCACUCUUUAAGAUCGCAGCAUGAUUAGAUCACACUGUACCUUAAGAAUAGACUUUUACAUAGUCUGUACUGUAAAUGAUGAAAGUGAAUUGUUGGAUAAAGUGAAUAUGUGAAUAAAGUAUCCUUGAUGUGAA